CAGGGGCCUUGCAUCUUUCACCAGCAGUGGGAGGGAGGAGAGCUCUUCUUCCCAGCUGGUUCCAACAGACUGGGGCUCAAAGGACCAGCCUCUCCUGCUGUCUCCUGCGUCUGAUCCCUAUGGCGGCUCUCACGGACCUGUCCUUUAUGUACCGCUGGUUCAAGAACUGCAAUCUGGUCCACAACCUCUCAGACAAGUAUGUCUUCAUCACGGGCUGUGACUCAGGCUUUGGGAACCUGCUAGCCAGGCAGCUGGUCGAUCGGGGCAUGCGGGUGCUGGCUGCAUGCUUCACUGAGGAGGGGGCCCAGAAGCUUCAGCAGGAUACCUCCUACCAGCUGCAGACCACUCUACUGGAUGUCACCAAGACGGAGAGCAUCCAGGCAGCGGCCCAGUGGGUGAGGGACCAAGUGGGCGAGCAAGGCCUCUGGGCCCUGGUGAACAACGCUGGUGUGGGCCUCCCCAGUGGCCCCAAUGAAUGGCUGACCAAAGAGGACUUUGUGAAAGUGAUCAAUGUGAACCUGGUGGGACUGAUCGAAGUGACCCUCCACAUGCUGCCCAUGGUCAAGAAAGCCCGGGGCAGGGUCGUCAACAUGUCCAGCUCCGGUGGUAUUGUGGCUAUGAUCGGUGGUGGCUACUGCGUCUCCAAGUUUGGUGUCGAGGCCUUCUCUGACAGCAUCAGGCGUGAGCUCCGCUACUUUGGGGUGAAAGUCAGCAUCAUCGAGCCAGGGAACUAUCGGACGUCCAUUCUGGGCAAGGAGGGCAUAGAGUUGCGCAUGCGAAAGCUGUGGGAGCGGCUACCUCAGGAGACCCGGGACAGCUAUGGAGAGGAGUACUUCCGUGUCUAUACUGACAAGUUAAAAAACAUGAUGCAGUUGGCAGAGCCAAGGAUCGGAGAGGUUACCAACAGCAUGGAGCACGCCAUUGUUUCCCGGAGCCCCCGCAUCCGCUACAACCCUGGCCUGGAUGCCAAACUUCUCUACGUCCCCUUGGCUAAGUUGCCCACCCCUGUGACAGAUUUCAUCCUGGGCCGGUACCUUCCAAAGCCUGCAGACAGUGUCUGAGCUGGGGAAGCCCAAGGGGUGGUCAAUGGAAUGUAGGGGAGAAGGGUGGGAGAAGGGACUGUGGGGUCGCACGAGGUGGUGUCAGAUGUUCUGGGGGACACUUUGCUUGGCUGACACCCACUGCUGGGAAUGUAUGGGUAACUUCUAACAGAGGAUGAGUGCCUCUUCCCACUCACUGGGUCCCCACAGAAGCCUGAGGUGGCCUUUGCACCUUCAAAGACUUGCAGCAUGGCCCCAAGAACAAAUGUCACCCAGUCAGCAUAUGGCUUUUUCUGGACCUGGAAAAAUCAAGGAGAGGAAAACCAGUUUCUGCUGAAGCCUGAGCCUCCCUCAGUUAUUGCCACCAUUGGGAAAUAUUGUGGGAUGAUCUAGCCCGCAGGACAGUCUCAACCACUGUCCUGUUGGGUCUCUAAAUAUGCAAUAACCUCAUUCAUAUGACCCUUUAUUUGAAGUACUUAGUAGGGGAGACAGGGAGUGCAAAAUUACAUCAGGCAAAAGUUUAUAAUAUUUUCUCUCUCUUUAGAUUUCUCUGUCCUAGGUAAUUGGGAUCCACGUGAAAUAAUAAUCAUUUAUUUAAUCACCAUUGAUUAAUUCUUCAAAUAUUUAUUCAGUGCCUACUACAUACCAGGCAUUGUGUAGGUGCUGGAAGGAUAUAAAGAUAAUUAAAUCAUGGUCUUGAGUUUUUAUUGUUUA